AGUUCUGAUUUUUGUGUAGCGCGAAGAAAAAAAUUCGUAAAAACCAAGUCCACCCACCGUGUUCAAAAGAUUGACGCAACGCGCGAGUGCGUCGUCUCGAUCAUUGCAGGUACGCGCGCGCGAGCAUACGCGCACACGCGCACACGCGAGAGUAGCGUAGUCGUCCCGAUUAGCCGUAAUAGACUUCCCCAGCGCGAAAUUGCGCUCGCGCGGUUACAAAAAGCACGUCGCACGCACAAGACGACGCUUCAGGGUCAUACAGAUCGAUGUGCGCCACCCGAUACAGUCAGAGAAGUUAUGCUGCAAGGGGAAGAAGACCCUGCCCUCGUUGUUUUGCACUACUGCAAGCAGAGAUGAGGACCUUUGACCUUGUAGCAUUGGGAAGGUCGGGACGCAUUGGAGAUGGCUUGCGUUUAAUUAAUCUCUCUCUCGUGAACUUGCGAAUGAAGUCGCGUUCGUUAACUAUGUCGAGUACGCACUCGAGUACACGAGAUUGAAGGAAACGCGUAUUUUAUGAAACCCUGUAGGUGUACGAAAGAUAAUAAUGACCCAAUUGCAUGCGCGCUUUAAUAUUUGCCUGGGUUGCGCGAAAAUCUGGACGAAGCAUUUCGAGCAUCGAUUAAUAUGUAGAAAAGCCCCCUAUAAUUAGGCGCAAGCAACAGCUUGCUCGUUCCGCUUUUGCCAGCGCGAGUCUCCUCAAAGGAAGAUUUUGAAAAUAAGGUAGCUGCCGUGCCCUCUUGGGCUCUCUUGAGCUCUCUCGACGGCGGCAUCGAUCGCUUAUACGAGCGUAAGCCACGUGACGCUGGGUUUUCGGGCUCCGUUCACUGCUGCUGCUGCUGCUGCUGCUGGUGCUGGUGCUGGUGCUGCUGCUGCUGCUGUCUGACUGCCUGCUGCUCUCCUACACACUCGUGGACACACGGACGCGCGGACACACACGGACACCCGCUGUUAGUUCAGUCAAGUCGCAGUCAGUCAGUCGCUCGGCUACUCUCACUACGAGCAGCAGCCGCCACACACGCGCUUCCUAUAAUAUCGCAAGACGACGCUCGACUGUAUGUCACAUUGUCGGAGCGUGUUGAAUACGCAUGUAAAUAGCUGAACCGGUGAGUUCGCGGUGUGCAUUCGCGAGCUGCGCGUGUGUAUCUCCGCGUGGCAGGUGAAAACGCAGCACGCGGGAAGCCGCGCGCGCGAUGCGGUGAAAGUUGCGGACGUCUCGUUUUCGUGCGUGAAUUUCGUGCGAGCUCUUUGCGGAGAGAAGAGACACCGUUUUUUUACUUUGAACUCACGUGCUGUUUCUUAACGAUUAUACGUGCGAGGGAUUAAGUGUGGCGCGAUAAAAUUACCUCAUCGUUUCCUCGUGUCUUUCGUGAUCUAGUUGAAACUAGACUGUCGAUAUUGCAUUUUUCUGUGUCAACCAUUUUCGAGUAUUUUCAAAUGGGUAAUCACAUAAUAUAGAGAUAAACGCCACCUUCUUAAUGGCCCGCAAAGUGAAUCAUUUUCCCACAGAAGCUCGCCGAAACAAUACGUGCUUAUUCAAUUGUUGAGACGCUCUAAAAGCGCGCGUUAAUAACAUUUGUCAACAAUUGUUGCUCGCUGCAAGCAUGUUCGUUAAUGUCCUGCUCGUUAUAAAUAUCAUUCGAAAAUAAGCUUUAGUAGUUAUUCUUUUAUCCGCUCUGGUAAGACAUUCCGGAAAUACAUUUUUCUUACUUGAAUGAAGAAAUCGCUGAUUAUUUUUAGGACGCUAUACUCCAGUUUUCUUUUACUGAGACGACUAGCUUCGUAUACGUAGUUGCUCUGCUAUUUGUACAUACAGUUUUUACCAAUGAACCCGCAGUGUCUAGAAAACGAUUAAAAACAAUCUUCUAAUAAAAUUACGUUUCCAAUUAAUAAUAAUAAGGUGUCGUUUGAUCUGUCGGCUUUCUGAAUAGUCAAUCGAAUUUCGAGGGAAGUGAAAAAAUCAUUGAUUCGCGCGAAGAUGUAGCUAUCGAAUAGACUACGAAAGAUAAGAACUAUACUACGGUAGGGCGCGGGAGCUGCGGGUGCGAGGAAAGAAAAAAAAAAUACUCAAUUGGAAUCCAGCACACGAGUGGCACAUGUAAUUAUCGGUCGCUCGUGUGCGCGAUGCGUUAUCACAACACGCAACUGAACGCUUUCCCGGUAGCCGAAAAGAAAAAGAACAAGAAAAAGGAGAAAAGAAAGCUAGGCUCGAAUAAAUCUCGUAGUGGACUUGGAACGGUGCCGGUAUUCGGUAUAUUUUUUGAACGUUUCUCAAUCGAUGUAUAAUCUUUUGAGUACGCGUACUUGGCGAGUUGGAAGAUUUCUUACUUGAUUUCUUAUCUAAGGUAAAUGUACUACCGGAUCGACGCGCUCUUUCUUAUAGUUAUCGAUUACCGUUUACCCUUGGAAAACAAAGAAUUACAUUUGGUUUUUUCACAGUUUGCCGUGCUCGAAAGGCGCAAAGGCGCGCGACGGCGAGCUGCACUCUUUAUUGUUAGUUGCUAUUUAGUUCGAUUCGAUUAUUCACGCUGACCUUGAGCCUUAUCUCUUGCUUCAACUAGAAAAUUCAACAAUAUAGUUUCCUUUCGCGAACAACUAACUAGAGAUUUCGAUAUUGAUUAUGAAAUGCUGCUGGCAUCGCCAUCCGUGAAUAGAAUCGUCGCCAAAAUAGAAAUAACGAAUGCUGUCAAUCGAAGCGAACGUAGCAAGAGUUGAUUUCCAAAAGCACAGUAGUGACCGUUGAUCGGAGAGUACAACAACGCGUAUCGCUGCCGUAAAAUUCGGCCCGAGGUACGGCCACUUUAUCUCAUAAGGAAAUAGUUGACGUGUCGCAAAGACGGCGCGCACUCGCGGAUACGAGACGCGGCCUGACAAAUUCAAUCGAUUACUUACUUCGUUGCAGUAUUCCGACGUACAAUCAACAACCUUUCGACGUAGGCUAAACCUGUUAUCUCUCCGAAUUAACGAAAAACCAACAAUAGAAGUGGUAAUCACAAUGGUACACUUCACGUGACAAUCGCUUCGUGUUCCUUUGUGCGCGAGAUUCAAUCCGUAGUUCCGGAAAGUAAAAGUGGACGUUUCGUAACUGACGUGCAGCGUUUUCUUUUUUAUCUUUUUAACUACAUUUCCAAUAACAGUAAAACGCCGAUGGCCAAUGACACAAGUCAUGCAGUCGUUAUGUAAAAUAAAAAGGCACGGGCACACCAGCGGAUGACGAAUUUUCAAGACAAUAAUUCGCAGCUCCAGGCGGCGCGAACAAUAACGAUCGUCGCGCACGUUUUAUUAUUCGCUUCCACGCCGACUGAUUAACUUGUUCCCUCGUAAAACCGGUCGCGCGCGCCCGAUUCUAGCUGGAACGUCUUUUUCUCUCUUUUUUUUCGUAUCUGUCGAAAAUGAAUUUUCUACGCUAAACUCAAAGUUAUGCGUGGAAAAAACCAAUGACGAUUUUGUAGCUACACGAACGAUCAGAAGCAACUACGUAACGUUGGUCUAACACCUCGGUGAAAACUGUAUAUUAAUUUUCUUUUCGUCAUUAUAACCAACAAUCUCUUACAUGUGACUUAAAAUUAAUGGACAAAACGCGUGCUUUUCUGCCUCUUAUACUUGGCGAAGAGACAAGUUGCAAGUUACUGUGUUACGAGUUGGAUAAUGGGAUAUAACGAGUGUGAGAGGGUACUCGUGAGCGAUUGAAAUCCAUAGGUGAAUCAGCUGCGUUGCAUUGCUGCUCGCGGAGAUACAUACUAGCAGCUUUUCUGUUUGAACUUUAAAGAGAAUUGUUGGUUUAAUGUUUUUUAUCGCUAUUCGUUACAAAGCAGAACACUCGAAUGCACAUCUCGAUUUUCAAUACCAAAAACGUGACAAACCAAAGUUCAAGUGUGUCUCUGAAUGACCAAGUGUUAUAAACCUGGUGAAAAACAAUGAUCGAACUACCGGUCAAGUGAUAGCUACUCCGUAAGCUACAGACGACUGCAGCGUAAGCAACUUUAUUGGGAGAUCGAGCUCGAGCCGAAGCACAAUAAAUUCACAACAAAUUCACUCGAAACUUCAGCAUGGAAGUGCCAUCGGUAACAACACAACCAACGUCAAUCGGACCAAGUCCGCAAAUAGUACUUCUCUUGGCAAAAGUCGGUUCGAUGUUCGUGCUGGGUUUCGGCUCGUUACUUUUGGGUAUGAUGCCACUGAUAAUAGGCAGAUGCCGGAUGAAGAAGAGCGAAACUAGAAGAGCCAUCACCAGUGUGUCCAGUGCAUCGACCACCCUUACCUCCGCUUCGGCUCUUAGCGUGAGUGGAGUUGCCGCUGUUGCCGCUGACACCUCCCAAGGCCUGCUGACAUCACUGCUAUUGUGUUUCGGCGGAGGAGUUCUGCUAUUCACGACAUUCCUACACUUGGCGCCGGAAGUACGGGAAAGCGUCGAGCUUCAUCAGUCCAACGGCCAAUUAGCAACUUUGGGGAGCCUUAGUUUAGCAGAGCUAUUAUUCUGCUGUGGUUUCUUCGUGGUUUAUCUAGUCGAAGAAACCGUUCACGCCGCGCUCACUGGCAAACCCGAGUCGUCCGAAGCUCUCCUCUACCGAACAGUCUCGGUACGCAGAUGCAACAACAGCGGUGGAAGUCACGCCAACAGCAGCAGCAACAACACCAGCAGCGAGGCCAGCAGUGCGCAGAGAAACUCUUUGACAGUGCAGCCUCGUGCUUGGAGAACGGACGCUUCCGAUGCCGAAGAGGACGCCAACAUGAAUCAAGAGUUGCCCACGUCGAAAUCGGCCUCGGGGCCAAUGUUCCUAUUGUCGUCGGGGCAAACGAUCGACGACGCGCCACGUCGGGCUAUCGAUCUCGAGCAACAAGCCAAAGCUGCACUCACGCAAGAGACCAACCGUCGUCAUCACCAUCACCACCAUCAUCACCAACACCACCACCACCACCACCACCAUCACUCGCACUCGAUGCGCAGCCUACUGACCGUCCUCGCGUUAUCCUUUCACGCGAUAUUCGAGGGACUCGCGGUCGGUUUGGAGCCUGCCUUCAGCUCGGUGGUGUAUCUGGCUGCGGCAAUCGCCACGCACAAGCUCGUCAUAUCGUUUUGCGUGGGCAUGGAACUGUACGUGGCCGGUGCGUCCAACCGCACGAUCUUAGGGUAUUUGAGUGUUUUCUCCAUGGUGACACCGCUUGGUAUCGGUAUCGGCCUCGCACUCGGUCAUUUUCGCAACGACAGCGAUACGAUGGGGCCGACGCCGACGAUCCUACAGGGCAUGGCUGCCGGUACCUUGCUCUACGUUGUGUUCUUCGAGGUGUUGGCUAGGGAAAGAGCCAACGACAAGAGUGGAUUAUUACAGCUAGCUGCCAUCCUCGUGGGAUUUACGCUCAUGCUUGGACUUCAGCUCGCUACUGCCCACUCGCACGAGCACGGCGGACACUCGCACGGAGACCACUACCAUGGCGAGGAACAAGGCGAGAUUCAUAAUCACGCAAGUGAAACAUUGGUUGGAGAUAAGCACAACUAUGUACUAGGAGCAGCAGCUAUCGAGCGAGUAACGGACAAGGUCGUGGAUGUUUUAUCGACUACACUGACGUAACGAACGCGCGGAAAGAGAGCGAGAGCUCGGCAUCACGCAGAUGAUCACCGACAUUCACGCUACAUAAUAACUCGUACAUGGAGAGCAUCCAGAGGACUAUAUAUAUUUUUAUCAGUAUCUGUGUGUGAGGGAGAUAAAUUCACGUAUUUUCAUCCAUUGUACGUACGGCUGUAUGUUUCAUGGCGAAGGUGAAAAACUGUUACGCUCAAUGUGUUGGUUUUUUUGUCUUUACAAUUUAAGCGUUACACUAUUUUUUAUUUAUCUUAAUUUGUAUGUGUUAACGAUUAAGUGUAGCUUUAGAUACUUAUGCAAGAUUUUCUCAAUUUGUUCUUUUUUUCGUGCGCGCAUGAUGAUUAAACAUAAUGAGUGUCCGGGCGUUGAAGUAUAAAAAUGUGUUAGUUUGUAAUGGAGAAACGUAAAUGUGAUAAGAUCACAUUGUUAUGCAUUUAAGAAUAAAAAAUACGUCGAGAUUUCUUAUUUUUUUCUUUCUUUUUUGUGAGCAAUGCAAGUAAAUAAGACUUUCCUUAUCUCGUGAAUAAAUUUAUAGUGAGAGAAUCUCGGGAAGACUAUGUAUAUUGUUCAUGACUUCUCGAGACGAAGAGAAAGAGAAUAUGUAUUUUUUCGCUUUCUAUUGAAGCUACCUUUGUAAGAUACCAUUUUAGAUAGAUUGUUAAUUGUUAAGGAAAUAACACUCGAACGACGCUAACAUUUUUUUCUUAUAAAGACUAUUAUACAUAUAUAUAUAAUAAAUGAUAUAUAUAUAUAUAAUAAAUGAAAUAAUAUACAUUAUUUUGAUUAUGAUAUAUCUACAAUGAGUGGUGGUAAGAAGAAAAAAAGAAAGUUAU